AUGUCGCAGGGAUUUGAUUGGUUUUCGAUGCCGGGGAUGAACGCCGAUACGGAGCAUACGGAAAGGCUCACGCAUCCGUCUGUUUCCUUUGGCUUCUCUUCCGCACCUUCAGGUUCUUCAGUUCCUACUGCUCAAGCACAACAACAAGUACAUUCUUCACCGUAUAAAAAUCGCAGUGCUCAUUUGAAUGCAUCGGCCGAUACUUUAUUUGAGCCCGACAAGAUGUCUGAUAUUUUCAAUCGUUUGGAUAUCUCUGGGAGGGACCGGAGAGCGCAGAGUGACGAUAACAUCAGUUUGGGAUACACGCCUACAAAUAUGGCAGGUACAGAGUCAGGAAACAAAAGAGACCCACAUCCACUUGCAAAAAGCACAGAGUCUCUGGCUUCUGACGAUGACAGCACUGUUGCGUUGUCUUUGACAGCAAACGAUCUCUCUAUACAAGAAGCUAAAACGUACCUCAGGUGGUACAACAAUAUACUUUCCCGAAAGCGUGGCGAGAGAACUAUAACUUUGGAAGAGGUGUUUAGGUUUCUUUCCAAUUUUCGCAUCUCCGAAGCCAUCAAAAGCAAAUUGAGAGAGCUCUUUGGCAAAAUAGCAUACUCUUUGAAUAUCGGCCAAUUCUAUGCAUUGCUGAGAUUGCUGGCUCACACGCUAGAAGGCAAGCCUCUCAGAAAAUCAUUAAUAAAAGUUCAGGCAUCCAUUCCCAAGCCCAUCUCAAUCAUGGCUCGUAAAAGAGCGAAGGAUCCAAACGAAAGCAUCGACAGCUCUGAAACGAGCUCGAUAGACGAACAGCUGACAGAGGCCAGUCAAGAGCCGCCCCAGAAGCUGGACUUGGACUCGUUCACACAAUUUAUCCUCACAGGAGAACGUCCGUCGAAAUCACCGAAGAAGAAAAGCCGGUCGGGCAAAAAAGUCAAGUUCUCGGAUCAGGUGAUCAUAGAGCCACCACCUUCUGACGAAACGUCCAUAUCCUCUACGGAUACGCCUCCCGAGAAAUCUAGCUUUGAUUUUUCCUUGCCAAUGGACCAGCUGCUUGCUCGGAUGAAAAAUGAAACCUCCUCUCCGAGCUUACAGCAAGGGCCGCCGGCGAACACGGAGGACGAGGAGGAAGAAUUGAAAGACAUGCAAGAGUCUAUCAAUCAUUUCCAAAAUGUGACGAUUGAUAGCGUCUCAAUUCAUGGUACACCGUCUAGUGUUCCUACUUUGCAGGUUAACGAUGGCUCUCCAGAUGCAAUGUCAGCCCCGUUGCAACCUCUUACUCCGAAUCUAACGGGAAGUGUGUCCAAAUCGAUGAGAAACCAUUACAACCUGCCACCUCCAAGGGAACGAGGAAAUUCGUCUCCAUUACCGUUUAGCUCACAACCGAGGGUCUCAUCUCCACUUACGCGCAAUGGAACUACAUCCGCGGACAGCGCUACAACGUUUUUGGAAGCUGCACUUUCGCAAGGACCCGGCAGUCCUGGGCCAGAGCAUUCACAUGCGACGCCUCCCCCGCCACCCCCUUCAAGAAACAGAGGCUCUUCGUUGCUCAGGCCUCCUCCACCUCCUCCGAGAUCUCGCAAAAAUUCAUCUCCACCACCAGUACUCGCUCCUGAAGGUCCCACACAAGAACAGCCAUCUCUGCCGCCUAAGCCAUUCCUAACUGAUAUGCAGCGCCAGCAUCACUUGAGUGCCGAAAACAUGACGCCAAACUUUACUGGAGGGUUUGGCCAAGGGUCUGAUCUUUUGAACAGUCUCAAGAGCUUGCAGGCGGAAGUUGAUCGGAUCAAGGCGAACGAGUACUAG